ACCUCCUGCAGGCUGCAAGGACCAGUAGUGGGGAGAGUGGUGGCUUGUCAAUCCUGCUAAAUAGAGAUGGCCAGUUUCCAGCUCUCAAGAGGAGGAAAUGAUGGAUGAGGGAUGGGGAAGGAAACAAUCUCAUACAAACAAGGCUCCCUUAGGAACAGCUGGCAAAAGCAGCCACUGAGCCUAAAAUGCUUGAAUAAGAUUUGCCUUCAUUUGAGAACAGGCCAUUUCAAUUGCAGGUGAGAUGUUUUCCUUACUUCAUACUCUUCUCACUUAGAAGUGGAUUUUCAAAUAACAUAUGGGAGAAAAGUGCAAGCCCCAUUCAGAGUCAGUAGUAUCCAUGUUCCUGUAUCACAUGGGUUCUUUUGCAAAAGCUAAUCUACUUGUCACUAGUGUUUUAUGAAAGCUCUCUGCUAGUGCCGAGCUUGGGUUCAGAAGGCCGUGCUCUUCUGACAACAUAUCUGAAAUAUUUUUCUAACUGAUUGUCCUCUGCAGAACGGCCUUGAUAUUCAGCGUAAGUGCUAAGCAAAAGAGUCCUUCUUGCACAGAUCUGCUUGCUUUGAGGGAGGACUGAGAGAUGAAACAAAAAGGCAGUAAGAAGAGCCCAGGACCAGGUGAAAGUCAAGAACGCAGGGCACUAUGUCACUGGCAUCCUGGUUCAGGUGGAACGAGCCCCCAAACCGAGUUUCUCAGAAAAACCCCACAGAGAUGGUGGCUGAGACACUAAUGAUGGAGCUGAGCUGGCAAAUCAAGCAGGCAGAGAAGCAGCAGCGAGAGCGGGAGAAUGAGUAUCGCAGGAUCAAGACUGGGGUGGACUACGGCUGGCUGGUCAGCUAUCCAAAGCAGAAUUAUGAUAUCAGCCCAGGAGAACGGCUGCAGCUGGAGGAUAUGUGUACCAAAAUACAUCCUUCCUACUGUGGGCCUGUCAUACUAAGAUUCCGGCAACUCAUUGCUGAAUAUGAACCAGAAGUGCAGGAAAUAUCACGGCUCUUCCGCUCCGUCCUGCAGGAAGCCGCUGAGAAGAUCAAAGAGGAGGAAGAGGCCAAGAAGCUUGCUAGGCAAUGGAACACAAAGAACAAAACCAGCCUCUCCUUAACAACAUUUAAAUCCCGGUCCAGGAUUUCCCCGUUCAUCAGUGACAUCAAGACUAUCUCUGAGGAUGUGGAACGGGGCACCCAGCCCACCAGGAGGGUUUGGAGCAUGCCAGAAUUUCGGAAUGCCAAGGAUUACUGAUUCUACAUAGAACAAAGUUUUUAGACAGUGAUCUUUAAACUCCCAGUCAACCCUUUUUUAUCUCUGCCAUCUUUGUUCCAGCUCUCUCUUCCAUUCUGCCCCUCUUGGAAGCUGUGUCCAUAGUAACUGCUGCUGAUGCAUGUGGUCUGUGACACAAUUUAUUACCGAACAUGCUAGUCUUUCCUUUAAUUUAGUACGAUUCAGUAACCUUAAGGGCAAGCGUCACUGUCUCAUUUUUUUUUUUUUAUUACUGCUUUCCUAUGGGAGAUUAAUUAGUUUUGUGAUGUCUCUCUUCUCCUUCUCCCACUUUCCUUCCCCCAGCCUGGAUGUACUUAUCGAUAAAAGCUUUUGGCCCAAACUAGUGAGAGCUGCUGGCUACAGCAAGCUUGCUCAAAGCGAAGAGACUGCUUGCAUGAGUAAGGCUUGCAGGAUCAGGCCUAUGAGUUAGAACUGAACUUUCCUAACAGCCUUCCUUAGUGCUACAGGCAACUUUUCACAUGUGAAUGUAGUCCUGCUUUUGAUCAACUUUUUUUGCUGACAAUUAUUUAGCAAUCAAACCUGAGUAGAAACAGACCCAAGGUUUUGGAGAGGAAGAACCAACAUUAUUCCACAGCAACCAGUUCAUGCAUGCUUAGGUUUCUUGGGUAUUUUCUUUUUUUGUGCAGGCAGACACCUCCAAAUAUAGCACAUGCCAAGCAGAUAGAAAUCUAACAACCUGCUGUGUAGAUAUACCAGCACGUACAUCAGCGCUGUGUCAAGCACACUGCUCAGUCCUCUGUGUUCUGUGUUAAGUAAGUGCUCCACCCCAUGUCCCAGUAAUAACCCAGUAGGCUGAAAUUAAUGUUUAUCACUGCGUUUGAAAGAACAGCGGAAUACAAUAUCACUAUACAGAGGAGAAGGGUGAAGGGAAUUUGCAUUCACCUACAAGGGUCUUUGUACAGGCCAAAGAGUUGAGGGCAUUUUAACAAGCUGCUGCUGUGAGCGACUGAAGGGCUCGGGUUGAUGAAGGUCUGUUCCCUAAUCCUUCCCUCAUGAGUGCUCAGAAGGCAGCUUUCUGAUGUAUCAGAGGCUGUUGGCCAGUGAGCUGAUACUAUUGAAGGAGAUGCAAUCUCCUUCACAGACGGAGUAGCCUGUAGGCCAACACAGUUCUGAAAUGACACUUCAAGGAAACAGGAAAAUGCCACUGAGGAGAAUCCUGCUAACUCAGCAUCCUUAGAAAGAACUUUCAGCAGAAAAGGAAAAGGAAUGGCACUCUGAACGUUGUGGUUCCUGUAGAGAAGCUAAGAGCUAGUGUACUUUGUGAUGACCAGCAGCAGGAGGAGAAGGAAGAUCUCCCUCUAUGACUGGCUUUUGGAGAGUCAUCCCAGUGGGAUAUAGCCUUCUCGUGGCCCCCCUGCCCCCCACCCCGCUUUGUUGUUCUUUUGCCUCUUUCUGACUCCCUUCCCUGGGGAUCUUUGCAGCAGCAUGUGGGUACUACAGCCAAGAUAAAACCCUUUGAGGCUGUGCCAACUCUGGGACGAAUUCCAGCACAUGAAAUCUAGCCUAGACUAUAAAUCUACAGCUUCUUCCACUGGUGGAGGAGGGUAGCAUAAAACAAAAAUCAAGAUCAAAUCUUUAACAGCUGUCUAAGACUGUGGAGUUCUGGCUCUUCCUCUUUCUCUUCCGGGCAAGCCAAGCCUGAACCUGUGGCCUUCCCACUAGCAUCAGGCUGGAGCAUCUAGUCCUUUGAUAAACACUGCUGCCAGCAGCCCUAUGGACAGCGAGCCGAGGCUGGUUUUCAUCAAAAACUCAGGGCUUCCAACUACAGCAUUCAGUUUGGGCUGGGCUACUUCAACUCCAGGUCAAUGAGAGAGAGUUUAAUGCCUUCUGACAAUCAGCUUGGUGUUUUUCAGCUGUGUGUCCUUGUGCAGAAAUAUGUGGCUGUGAAAAUGAAGUAAAAACAAAAGCCUGUCAUAUUUAGUGUAGUCUUAGCUCUCUAGAAGCUGUUUGAUCUUUAACCAAGGGAUCACCACAAUUGCAAAAAAAAAAUAUUGUUUUUAAAAGUAAGUAAGUUUUAAGCAUCUUUUUAUUUAUUUGCAAGACACUGUAUGGCACUGAAAGCUGAGAUAGAUAGGGUCAUUAAUUUCACCCUAUGGGUCUCUAGUCAUUUUAUUUGCAUUCGUGUUCUAUUUUGACACCUUCAGUAUUGACUGUAUUGAUGCAAUAUUUGAUGGACUGCUGGGAGAGGAGGGUCAUUCUGAUACAGAGGUAUAAAGCUUCUUGUUACUGUACUGUGUCUGUAAUGUGCUCA